AUGACGCAACACAACCAAAGUACGAGAGGAGAUCGUGGUGGCAAUCGAUUUGGUGGAAAUCGCCAAACGAGUGGCAAUUCACAGAAUGCAAAAAAGAAAGAAAAACGAUCGCCCAUGUAUCAUCCAAGCGACCCAGAUUUUCCUUAUGCCGAUGUAACACGGAGUCUCAUCGAACAAAUUGGAAUGGAGGGAUUGGAGUAUCCUCAGAUUAUGAUAUCUUCCAUCAAAGAAUUGAAUGAGCCAGACUGGGAUGGUUUGAAACCCAAAUUGGAUUUAACUGGACAAGAAGACAAAAUUGAGAGAGAGGCAAAGAAGGAAGAAUUGAAAACGGAGAGUGUCAAAUAUCAUCGACAAAAGCGAUACUGGAGCAAAGCAAAGUGGCAUGUGCAUUUGCUGAUUAUGGAGUCAUUUGUUACCAGUAAAAUGAAGGACAAGAUUCUACAGGAGGUCGAUUACAAUGAGAAAAUUAAGGGUGAUCCUAUUGAAUUAUUGAGACGCAUCAAUAAAUUUAUAACGACCAGUGAUGUGACAGACUGGGAACCCAUUACAUUGUGGGAAGCACUCCAGAAGUGGGUGAAUUGUCGUCAGAAAGGAAAUGAAACGGUGAUUGAAUACCAUAAACGAUUUGAAGAAUGCGCAACUACAGUAUUAUCUUUCAUGGGUGAUUCGUGGCUAGAAGUGUUUACCGCAAAAACGACUGCAUAUCAUGAAAUUGAAAACAAUCACCCGACUAAUGGCUUGUCGGAUAGAGAAAAGAAGCGAGUUGCAGCAGAAGUCGAAGAACUUCAAGCAGAAUUUCAGGACAAGUUUGUAAAACUGUUCUGCGCUGCUGGAUUAUUGCACAACUGUGAUCGUGCACGAUACCAGCCGGUACUUGAUCAUUUUGUUACUGCAUACGCUGUGGAGCACGUGGAUUAUGCUCAGCGAGAUUUAUUCCCAAGAGAUGUGGAAACUGCAGCCAAGGCGCUACACAAUCAUUGGGUAAAGAAAACAACAACACCGAAACAUAACAACAACAACAACAACAACAACACAAACGAUAAAACAAACACACCACAGAACGGUACUAACCUUGCACAGGAUUUCAAUAAGGGGAGUAAGCGUAAGUGGUUUUGCUGUGGUAAGGCGGAUCAUGUUGCACCGCGAUGUGAACAUCGAUUCCUACCCAAGGAACAAUGGAAAGAUCCAACAAAGUGGAGAUCGUAUCCCAGGACCAAAACGGGACGCGACCAGGUGCACCUACAGACAGGCACCGAGGAGGGAUCUGUGCAGUCAAGUGUUACAGCUAACACCGCAGGUACACCCGCCAACAAUGAUGGCGGUAUUUCUCAGCAGAACCACAUGCAGACUGGUUCGGCUGACAGGAGUGGUGGACCACAACCUCAAAAGCAAAAGAUUGGCAUUCAGGGGUGGAAUAUGGCUCAGUUUGGCGGACGGAAGAGAGUACCGCAGCCUAUUUUAAGACCUUCAAGAUUUGGGACGUCACCACCACACGACAUAAUGGCAAACUGGCAGGUACAAUUGGAUGCUGUCAGGGCAGCCGAAGAGGAAGUACAAGGAUAG